CAUACCAUGUAGAACAAACCCAAACAGAAGCAUAUACUUUCAAAAUUAGUCGUGUAAACGGCAGGUGGCUGAAUUUGGUCAAUGACAUUUGCCGUCUAGCCGUCCCCUUACCCCGCUCGUAAAAAAACAAAACUUUUACAAGAAAGGAAACUUUGAAACACGUGUUUUUUACUAAAAUAAUAUGUAAAAGUCUGUUAAAUAGACACAAAAGUGGUGGAAAGUGAAUAAAAUACCGUUUUUAGUGUUAGUGAACUAUUUAAGUGGUGUAAAUAACUGUUAAAAUGUCGGGGGCUAGUACUUCUCAAAGUCCGCCGAUAGCUUCAAUCAGUGAUGUCGGUGCUCUAUUUCAGAAUGCUAAAAAAUAUGAAGAAUUAAACGUGAUUGGGACAGGAGCAUACGGCACAGUUUACAAAGCCCGGGAUCUCCACAACGGAGGACAGAUCGUAGCCAUGAAGAAAGUGAAGGUAGCCCUCACAGAAGACGGAAUACCACUGUCUACGUUGAGAGAGAUAGCUUUGUUAAGGCAGCUGGAAGCUUACAGACAUCCUAAUAUUGUCAGGCUCCUAGACGUCUGCCACGGUGGUCAGUCACUAGAGAGAGAUCAGCAGCUGGUGUUGUUCCUAGUAUUUGAGCACGUAGACCAGGACUUGGAGUCGUUCCUCAAAAGAUCUCAGACACCAUUGUCGCAGAGGACUAUAAGGAGCAUGUCCUACGACAUACUAUCAGGCAUCGACUUCCUCCACUCUCACCGCAUAGUUCACCGAGACCUGAAACCCCACAACCUGCUGGUGACGGCUGCUGGCAGAGUGAAGCUCGCUGACUUCGGCCUGGCCAAGACUUAUGACACCGAUAUGAAGCUCACCAGUGUGGUGGUAACACUAUGGUACCGUCCCCCAGAAGUCCUUCUCGGAACAUCCUACAACACAGCAGUAGAUGUGUGGUCAGCCGGUUGUGUCCUCGCACAGCUGCAUACCAGGAAACCCUUAUUGCCAGGCGCCUCCGACUCUGAUCAGCUGCAUUGUAUAUUCAGACUCCUAGGCAGACCAUCACGGUCGGAGUGGCCUGAGAACGUGUCCAUCAUGCUGGACAGCUUCCCGGAGUACCAGCCUCAGGACUUAGCUGAAAUCAUACCUAGGAUACAUCCCCAUGCACUGGAACUUAUCAAGGGCAUGCUGAUCUUCGACCCAGCAAAACGUCUCACAGCUUUGGACUGCCUCGAACACCCUUAUUUCACAGAUGAGCCCCUUACAUAACCGCACUAAUGUUAGCCCCAUUUUCACCGACUAUAUAAACGUCCUUUUACCAUAAAGGAAGGUUCAUAUUUAACGGAAAAUACCCCAAAACAGACAGAAUCACUACAUUGUGUAAAACAAAGUCGUUUUUUCUGUCCCUAUGUCCCGUUUUUACGCCUAAAUCUUUAAAACUACGCAACCGAUUUUCAUGCGGUUUGAAGAGGAAGAUUUAUAUGUAUAACUAGCUGACCCGGCGAACUUCGUACCGCCUAAUUAUUGGAGGCAUAUUUAGAAAGUCACAAACACACGACACAAUACUUAUUUUUUUCUUUAUUUGCUCACCGUUUAGACCUACCCUGGACUACGACAAACAUUUUAAAACCAAAAUCAGCUCAAUCGGCCCAGCCGUUUUCGAGUUCUAAUCAGACUAACGAACAACAAUUCAUUUUUAUUUAUAUAGAUAACAUCCAUUAAAUUGUGGGGAAAUACUGAUAUCCCGUGCGAAGCCGGGGCGGGUCAGUAGUAUACGAUAAAACAUUCAAUAAUUUACACCUAACCAAUGCUGCGUUAGUGCGUCGAUCAUAUAUUUACGAUAUGAUAUAUUUAUCGUAUUAUCCGCCAGAUACGAACCUUACCUAAGGGAUAUUUAUAUUAGGCCGGGCCGUGUCCGGGGCGUGCCAUGUACGUGGCACGGAUGUGAAAUGUUACAUACAUUUUGUAUGAAGCAGUUUAUAUUACACCGUGCACGAUCCAUGGCCCGUCCGGGCCACAAACGACGCUCGUCUUUAGAAUUUCGUAAAAGCCCGGACACGGCACUGCACGGCCCGGCCUCAUAUAAAUCAACCCUAAAAACAACUUUUGAAAAUGUUACGUGAAAAUUCUUAGUAAAAAGUUGUUAAACGUUCAUAUUGUCGGUGAACUUAUUCCUCAAUAUAUCAGACCCACCAAUUUUUACUAAAUACGAGUAUAUGUCAUGGUUGCUAUUUCCUACAAUUUAUUGAUUCAUAAUUAGAUUUUUUAGGGUUCUGUAAUCAAAAGGUAAAAACGGGGGACGGUAGUAAGGAACCUUUUAUACGCGAUACCGACUCGCACUUGGCCGGUUUUUGUUUCAUAAUUUGUUUUUUCAAUGAAGGUUAAAGUGCCUUAGUUUUACUGAAAAGUGUCAGUAAAAUAAGUUUUUGAUUUCUAUUUUUCUAUAUAAAAUUAAAUGAUAAAUGAUGGAGUAAUUUUUGAGAAAAUACCCCUGGUCAGCUAAAAGUAUCUUACAAAAAAUGUAAAAAAAUUUUUUUUUCGUAAAAAUGUAAUAUGUAUGUGCUAAUUAUUAAUGACAAUAAUUAUACAAAUUCAAUACAUGAUAAUGAUUUACAUAUAUUUUUGGAAUGAUCUUCUUACUAUUAAGUAUUAUAAAAUUAGAAUGUAAUUGUUAAGUACAUUUUUUUACAAUCAUUUUUUGUCAAUAAAUAAAAUUGUUUUUUUUUAGAUAA